CGCCGGCGGAUCCGGAAGUGGGGGUCGGCAGCCGCGCGCGCCGCCCUCCGCGGGGCCCCCGGGCACGAUGCUUCGCGGCGCGCGCAGCCACCUCCCGGCCUCGGUAGCGCCCGCCGCGGUCCUGGCUGCGGCGCUGCUCUCGUCGUUCGCGCGCUGCUCUCUCCCGGGGCGCGGCGACCCGGUGGCUUCGUUGCUCAGCCCUUACUUCGGCACUAAGACACGCUACGAAGAUGUCAACCCCUGGCUGCUGGUCGACCCGGUGGCGCCGCGGCGGGACCCGGAGCUGCUGGCGGGGACCUGCACCCCGGUGCAGCUGGUCGCCCUCAUCCGUCACGGCACCCGCUACCCUACGACCAAGCAGAUCCGCAAGCUGAGGCAGCUUCAGGGACUGCUGCAGACCCGCGGGUCCGGAGAUGGCGGGAGCCGAGUGGCUGCCACGCUAGCCGAGUGGCCGCUGUGGUACGAUGACUGGAUGGACGGGCAACUGGUGGAGAAGGGGCGGCAGGACAUGCGACAGCUGGCCCUGCGUCUGGCUGCCCUCUUCCCAGACCUCUUCAGCCGGGAGAACUACGGCCGCCUGCGGCUGGUCACCAGCUCCAAGCACCGCUGUGUGGACAGCAGCGCCGCCUUCCUCCAAGGGUUGUGGCAGCAUUACCACCCGGGACUGCCACCUCCUGACGUCUCAGAUAUGGAGUGUGAUCCUCCGAGAAUUAAUGAUAAACUAAUGAGGUUCUUUGAUCAUUGUGAGAAGUUUUUAACUGACGUAGAAAGAAAUGCUACAGCUCUUUAUCAUGUAGAAGCCUUCAAAACUGGACCAGAAAUGCAGAAGGUCUUAAAGAAAGUUGCAGCUGCUUUACAAGUGCCAGUGAACAGUUUAAAUGCAGACCUAAUUCAGGUAGCUUUUUUCACCUGCUCAUUUGACCUGGCAAUUAAAGGUGUCCAUUCUCCCUGGUGCGAUGUGUUUGACGUAGAUGAUGCUAGGGUUCUGGAAUACUUAAAUGAUCUGAAGCAGUACUGGAAACGAAGUUAUGGGUACACCAUUAACAGCCGCUCCAGCUGCAGCCUGUUUCAGGACAUUUUUCUACACCUGGAUAAGGCAGUUGAGCAGAAGCAAAGGUCUCAGCCGGUGUCUUCUCCAGUCAUCCUCCAGUUUGGUCAUGCGGAGACCCUCUUACCGCUGCUCUCCCUCAUGGGCUACUUCAAGGACAAGGAGCCCCUGACAGCAUACAAUUUUGAGGAGCAAGUCCAUCGCAAGUUCCAAAGUGGUCGCAUCGUACCUUAUGCCUCAAACCUAAUAUUUGUGCUUUACCAUUGUGAAAAUGCACAGACCCCCGAAGAAAAAUUCCAAAUACAGAUGCUGCUGAAUGAAAAGGUGUUACCUUUGGCUCACUCCCAAAAAACCGUUGCUUUGUAUGAGGAUCUGAAGAACCAUUACCAGGACAUGCUUCAGAGCUGUCAAACUAGUAAAGAGUGUAACCUCCCCAAGGUGAACAUCACGUCAGAUGAGCUCUGAGGAAGCCCAGCAGUGCUCUGCUGAGGGGUGGGUGUGUUUGCAAUAGGAAGCCACUCUAGAGGCAGCGGCAGGAGGACCUCUGUGAGUUCAAGACCAGCCUGUUCUACAUAGUAACUUCCAGGCUAGCCAAGGCUACGCAGAGAAAUAAAGCUUGGUCCUUCUGUCUUUUUAUAGAAAAUAAUAGUUUCCUUUAGGAUCUGGACAUACGGGUAAGACGUGACUCUCUCUGGAGCAGCUCUCUUCAGAACAAAAACUAAUUCAUCGAGACAGCUGUCCCUCCCAGUGUUUGCAGAGCUGAAAUUUUCCUAAUGACCUAAGAAGAUACUGACGUAGAACAGUAUUAGAAAAUGACACUUCAAAAAUGUUGGAUACCAAAGCACAGUGGCAGCUGGGUGAGCUGCAGUGAUUGACAGAGAUGGGCUUGAAUGGUCAUGUUGGUUCCCUCCUCCUUCAUGCAGGGCACAGAUGACAUCACUUAGUCACAAGUGUGGUAGAGUGGAGCCCGACACAGAAGGAGCUCUAAAAUAAUAUCCAUCCAGACAGAAAAUUGACACGCUCUCAAGAACCAGGCUGAAGCAAAACUGGAAGUGGAAGUGUGGGAUAUUUUUGUUGAUGUUAUUUAUAAAAAUAUUUAAACACUGUCAAUAAUUGUCUUUAACCUCCAAGUAGGUCGUGCAGGAUCAUCUUCAUGCCAUGAGACCUAUUGGGGUGAACAGUACAAAGAGGAGCCCCGGCCUGGCAGGUAGAUGCUGACGAGCCUUGACUGUUGCCUGCUCUUUUUUAUUCCAUCAUGGCUUCCCUUUUAUAUCUUGAUAUUACAUAAAGUGUAUCUUUUGGUGAUUUGGAUUUUUUUUUUUUAAAUAAAGACCUUAUCUGCCUAAUUUAAUUGUAGAGAUUUGAACCCAGUUCAAAGAAAUUUUGAGUUUCCUCAAACACCAUAAAAAUGUUUGCUACAAUAAAUAAAAUUCUUGAGACUUUACUGCCAA